UUCCAAGUACUUCAACGCAAGUCUACGAUCCCAACCAGCUCGUCAGCUUCACUCUUCCCCUCCCACUCCCCCGAGUCGCGACCGCCGCCCCACCCGGACCUCCCCCGCCUCCUCCAGCGGCGGCGGCGGCGGCGGCGGCGGCGGCGACCCACUCCUGCCUUCCUCCGCUAGGGCUCGCCCUCGCGCACGCUGAUCCGCCGGCGAUGGAGGACGGCCCCGGCCUGUCGAGGCCGGCCGCGCUCGCCUCCUGCUUCUCCAUGGCCCUCCUCUACGUCGCCACCCUCUACGCGCCCACCGUCGUCCUCCGCCUCCCCCCUCCCGCCUCCUUCAAGAGCUUCAUGAUCAGGCGCUUCGCCUGCGCCGCCGUCUCGUCCCUGGUCUCGGUCGCCGCCACCGCCCUCGUCCUCCCGAUAAGAAGAUUGGAGGUUCGCGAUUUGCUGGCUGUUUACGGCAUCAGGGGAGACCAUGUGUGGCAAGCCGUGGUUCUUCCUCUGUCGUUGACCUCUCUUAUGUACGCUGGGAGUUUGGCCCUCAAGUUGUUGUUGUGGGUGGAUUCAUGGAAGGAGCAUCAGAAUUGCGUCGGAUGCUUUUCCUUCGAGUAUAUCUACAACUCUGUGCAGUUUCUAUUUAGGUGGAUUCUCUCCAGGGCCUCAAAUAUUAUGGCUUGGCGUAAUUUUGUCGUGGCGCCACUGACAGAAGAGUUGGUUUUUAGAGCGUGUAUGAUAUCCAUACUUCUCUGUGGAGGAUUCGAAAAGUACAGCAUCCUUAUUCUGGGCCCAAUCUUAUUCAGCUUGGCACACUUGAACCAUUUUAUGGAGAUUUAUAUGAAGCAAAACCGUCAAUUAAUAAAAGCAUCAAUGAUCAUAGGCCUCCAGCUGGGAUACACUGUUGUCUUUGGUUCAUAUGCAUCAUUUCUAUUUAUCCGGACUGGUCAUCUUCUUGCCCCAUUAGUUGCUCAUAUCUUUUGCAAUUUCAUGGGAUUGCCUGUGCUAUUUUCACGUGGGAAAGGAAUUGCAACUGUGGCAUUUGUAGCUGGGAUGAUGGGGUUUCUAUGGCUCCUUUUUCCUAUGACAAGGCCAGAUUUCUACAAUGACAGAACUAAAAAUUGUAGAUGUUGGCACACAUACUGUUCCUGGAUCUGAAACUUUUUGAAGUUGCAAGAUAUGUCUUCACUGUGAGGUUGUGUCCGGGGAGGAUAUAUUGGAGAAUUGAGAGAAGGGGUAGAAGUAUGGGCGUCAGGUGAUGUCUUCACUGACUCCUCUCUCGGCUGAUUAUAGGAGGACUGAAAGAAACUUGUUUUCGUCUAUACAAGAGUCCAUCUGCUCCAACACAGUAGCCCGGCAGAUUUUAUUCAAAGUCCUUAUAUCCGAUGCCGCCUGGCACUUGAGCUGAUUGUCCAUCGUUCCCCUCCUUUAUAGACUGCUGCUGCCUGCGUAAUUUUGUGUGCAUCACUGAGCAUGUUCUUUUCUCCCCCUGAAAUCGGAAGAGAUUGCUAGCAGCAUUUCUAUGGGGAUUUACGAGGGAUAUAUGUCAUAAAAGGCAUCUCCAAAGAGGAUGUUAAUAUCUCUCAUGUCACUGUAUUUGUAUUUGGAAUACUCUGAAAAAGCUUUUGCUUAGAUAAAGCCUUUGUGAUUCAAAUCCCUUUUUGAGUACGAGGGGAUUUGCCUGGUGCGAAUUCACUCAGAUGUAAGAACUUGAAGAUAGAAAAUUUCUGUUUCCUUGUCCA